AUGACAGGCGGAACGCUCGGUCGCGGCAAGAGGGGUAGACCGCCGCUAUUGAAAGAGUACUCGGACCCAAUGCAAAGUCCCAUGGCCCAUUCGUCAAUACAAAUGCAGAAAAACGCGGCCAGUUCGACUUUUACCAAACCAUGGAUGCGCGUUUCGCCGUCCCAGAAGAAAAGACGCAGAGAAAGCACAGCCAGCAGUAACGGUAGCUACUCAUCCGCACCAUCAAUUUCCCCCACACAGGCAAUUGCAAGACACAAUCGACACAGAGGAGUUUUACUGGCCACUCCUGUCAAGCACCAGCAACAUUGGGCUAACUCUUCACCCUUGACCCCUGCUGACAACAUUUUUUCUUCCGAGCCAAGAAGGCAACCGCUCAGGAGCUCUCCUCUAGGGCCCAGCUGUGGCCUUCCUGACACGCCAUCAGGAUCGGUAUACAAAAAUGAGAGCGGAAGUGCUUACGCCUCUUCUACUCAUCCAAACAAGCUGUCCCAGUUUAGCUUUUCUCUAUGUAUUGGCAACGACGGCAAGGCCAAAAUUGCGGGCGCAUCUACGGAAGCUACAUCAGUUGACUGUCCUAAGGCAAUUGAUGAUAUUGCUGCUCAAAAGCCACCUUUGACUGGAUUCGACAAAUCUGUGGUGUUGGGGCUUUUGAAAAAAAUGAAAAGCUCUCGCAGAGAGUCAAACUCACCCAGCAAAGUGUCAUCGAUACGGCCAAGUGAGGUUUUCACGGAAUAUCCACCUCAAUCACCCAAAGAAUCAAAGAUCUCACAACCAACGCUCCCAUGGACGCCUAAUUGCUCAGCCAUAUUCCAGCUAAAGACAGGAUUCACUCCCGGGAACGGCAUUGAUGAGGUGCUAGAUCAGACUGCAAAACAUGGGGAACUACAAAACCAGAGAAUCGGGAGAUCCAGAUCUAAUAGUGCGGUAUUUAAGAUGACGUCAGGAGAUCCUUUGUUAAUGACCGAAGAGGAUCCAAGUACAGAAUUCCUCGUAAGCCAAGGGCACGCAAACACAUCUACAGAGCUGUUUUUCCAACAACUACUGUCAUCUCCCAAAAAGCCCUCUGCUUAUUUCAGCUCCCCUUCAUCGUUCUUAAAUGAUUUGGGAUCAAGACCUCAGUCUAAACAAGAUCCACAAACAAUCCGUUCAUAUUACAAGAAACCUAGCAGCGAGUGUUCCAAAAAUGUACGCGGGAAAACAAUCGUUCCAACAACUCCAGUCGCCGAAAGCUCUCAAGAUUAUUCCUUUUCUAUUCAGUGCACACCGCUAAUACAACAAACAAUGUCUGGAUCUUUGAAUAAAUUCAUUGGCGAGACACUGCAGCAGAAAGGCCAUGGGCAAGCUACAGUUCAAUCGCCACGAGCGCUUGAACAAGAUGACGCUAGAUUAGCGCUUCGCAAUUUAAUUGGCGGGUCCAAUUAA